ACUACGCAUGUCCCUGGCUUCCUUCCAGUUCGAUCUCAGUUUCACUCUUUGAACCCUGGAGGUUUUUCAUUUCAGACCUCAGGCUGUCUCAAACAUGCUUUCCUUGUCGCUACGGCAGGCCUUGCGGCCCCUCAUCCUAAGAGGUUCGGGGUGUUUAGGGGGGAAAGAGGGUCCGGUCACCUCGGAGUUGUCCAGAAAAAACCUAGGCAGUGGAGGCGGUGGAUGGACCGGACAGGAGACCCUUUCCCAGGAUGACCCAGAAAUGUGGAACCUUCUGCAGCAGGAGAAGGACAGGCAGUGUCGGGGACUGGAGCUCAUUGCAUCAGAGAACUUCUGCAGCCGUGCAGCUCUGGAGGCACAAGGCUCCUGUCUGAACAAUAAAUACUCUGAGGGAUACCCUGGACAAAGGUACUAUGGAGGCGCUGAGGUCGUCGACCAGAUCGAGCUGCUCUGUCAAAGGCGAGCGCUCACCGCCUUUGGUCUGGAUCCAACCCUGUGGGGCGUCAACGUGCAGCCGUACUCCGGAUCUCCAGCUAACUUUGCAGCCUACUCGUCUGUGCUGCAGCCUCAUGAGCGCAUCAUGGGCCUGGAUCUGCCUGAUGGAGGACACUUGAUCCACGGCUACAUGACAGACACCAAGAGAAUCUCAGCCACCUCCAUUUAUUUUGAAUCCAUGCCUUACAAGCUGAAUCCGCAAACGGGUCUAAUCGACUAUGAGCAGCUGGAAAAGACGGCUCGCCUCUUUAGACCCAAACUGAUCAUUGCAGGAACCAGCGCCUACGCUCGCCUCAUCGACUAUUCACGCAUGAAAAAGCUGUGUGUGGAGCUGAAUGCGUAUCUGCUGGCAGAUAUGGCUCAUAUCAGCGGUCUGGUGGCAGCUGGAGCUGUUCCCUCCCCGUUUGAACACGCCGACCUGGUCACCACCACCACCCAUAAAUCUCUGCGGGGAGCAAGAGCCGGCCUCAUUUUCUACCGCAAAGGCGUGCGAUCCGUGGACGCCAAGGGUCGGGAGGUGCUCUACGACCUCCAGGACAGGGUGAACUUUGCCGUGUUUCCGUCACUUCAGGGAGGACCACACAACCACGCCAUCGCCGGGGUGGCUGUCGCUCUCAGACAGGCCUCCACUCCCAUGUUCAAACAGUACAUUGCUCAGGUGCUGCUGAACGCCAAAGCCAUGGCCAGCGCUCUGCUCAAGAAAGGCUACACCCUGGUGUCAGGUGGAACAGACAACCACCUGGUUUUGGUUGACCUUCGACCCCGUGGGAUAGACGGGGCUCGAGCUGAGAGGGUCCUGGAGUUGGUGUCCAUCACAGCCAAUAAGAACACUUGUCCCGGAGACAAGAGCGCACUCACACCAGGAGGACUCCGACUGGGAACUCCAGCUCUGACGUCUCGUCAGUUUAAGGAGGCUGAUUUUGAAAAGGUUGUGGAUUUCAUUGAUGAAGGAAUCAAGAUCGCGCUGGAAGUUAAGAAAAAAACUGGAAACUUGGCCACCUUCAAGUCCUUCCUGCUGAAGGACCCGGACACCGCGGUGAACAUUGCGGAGCUCCGCCAGCAGGUGGAGCGGUUUGCUCGGCCCUUCCCAAUGCCAGGAUUCUCUGAUCAUUAAAAACACAGCAGAUAAUGAGCUGUUUCUCUCACAGUCCACCAGUCUCCUGUAGAACUGUGAUGUCAAACCAUUUAUUAGGUCCUGUGUACUGCUACAUGUCCUAAUGACAACAUAUCAGAUGAUUUAUCAGUCUAAUAUGAUGUAAACAUGUUAAAAAUGACAGAUUUCUUGUUAAUUUCUCCCCCCAAAAAAGCAUAAUAUGGUAAAAUGGUCCUUUACAUUUAAAAUUUUAUAGUUUAACAUCUGUAAUUGGUGUAUUUUAAUUAUCAAAUAUUCACUAACAAUCCAAAUAUGAAAGCUUUUAUUUAUGUUAUGUUUUUGCCAUAAAUGAUGGCUCGUGUAUAAACAGAUACUGAGUGUUAAUGUACAGCAAAAAUAUAGAAAAUCUUAAUAGGAAAUGUAGUAAUUAUGAUAAAUGUCAUGUUAAUAAAUAAACUGAUCUUUUUA